AGUGCAAAGGAAAAAAAUAGAAAACUAGUAUUUUGUACAGUCAAGACUACAAUUACAUUUAAAUACCAAUGUAAUUAGGAAAAACAAUCAAGAUUCAAAGUUAAAUACCAAUGUAAUUAGGAAAAAACAAUCAAACUAAGUUGUUGUCACUUUUUUUCAGAACAUGGCUACUCAAGGGACUAGAAGUGCGGAGGCCUCGGACGCCACAUCAAAUUAUGAUCCAAAGACUGAUCCAAAGCGCAAGCUGGGAAGGUCAAAUGAUCUUGGAUGAAAAUAUGCAUUUUGGCCGACUAUUGGUAAUAGAGAUCUCUUGCAGUGUUGCGUGUGUGAUAGAACUGUAACUGGAGGAAUUACAAGGCUCAAGGAGAAUCUUGUGGGUGGUUAUGGAGAUAUUUUGAAGUGUGCCAAAACCACACCAGCUAUUGCUCAGGAGAUGCAAGCUGCUUUGAAGGGCAAGAAGAGAUCACUUCUGCUUGAUGAUGAUGGAGAGCUUCAAGGAGAAGAUGAUGAUGUGCUUGAUGUGACAGAGGAGUCCCAAGAUGCUUCUAGAAGCAUUGUGCAUCCUAGUUCAGGGACAGCUACCAAAAGGAAACAAUCUAGCUUUUUGAAGUUCAAAGCACCAAAAGAGCUCAACACAAAGUCAGUCGGUUCAAUGCUUAGGAGAACUCCAAAAGAGGUUGUGGAAGAAAGACAUUCGAAGGGUCCUUCUCAGAUCAGUAUUCAAGCUAGCAUGAGGACAAAAGAAGAAAGAGAUGCUGUCAACUUGGAGUGGGCCAGGUUCUUUUAUGAGUGUGGCAUACCAUUCAAUGUCGCAAAUUCUAGGCAAUUUGAGAUUGCUAUAGAGGCCACUGCACAAUAUGGUUCUGGGUACAAGUCUCCAUCCUACCAUGAGCUUAGGGAGCCAUUACUCGAGAAGGUUGUUAAGGAAACAGAUGAUUUGAGGAAGAGGCAUAAGGAUGCAUGGAAGCAAUAUGGUUGCACAUUGAUGUCAAAUGGAUGGACGGAUAGGAGAGGGCACCAUUUGAUCAACUUCCUAGUCAAUAGUCCAGAGGGGACUUUCUUCUUAGAGUUGAUUGAUGCAUCAAGUGAAGCUCAUAAUCAAGUGAUGCUAGCUGAUUUGUUAGAGAAGAGAAUAAGCGACAUUGGUGUUGAUAAAGUUGUGCAAGUUGUUACUGACAAUGGGGCUAACUAUAAGGCAGCGGGCAAGCUUCUCAUGGAGAGGUUUCCUACGCUUUAUUGGACACCUUGUGCUGCACAUUGCUUGGAUCUUAUGUUGGAAGAUGUUGGAAAGUUGAAGGCAUUCAAGAAGCCUAUCUCACGUGCCCGUCAUGUCACUACUUUCAUCUAUAGGCAUGGAAGACUUCUUAGUGCAAUGAGGGAGAAGACAGGUGGUAGGGAUCUUGUGAGACCAGCAGCAACUCGGUUUGCUACCACAUUUCUCACCUUACAAAGUUUGCACAAGCAUAGAGAUGCACUGAGAUAUCUGUUUACCUCUGAUGAUUGGACGAGUUGCAAACUAGUAAAGACAGAGGCCGGGAAAAAAGUGUAUGAUAUUGUGCUUUCUAGGGAAUUUUGGAACUCUGUUGAGGAUUGCCUUAGAGCUUCUCUACCACUUAUCAUUGUGUUGAGGGUGGUUGAUGGUGAUGAGAGGCCUGCCAUGCCAGAGGUUGCUUCUCUCAUGAAUCAUGCAAAAGAGAGGAUAAAGGCUGCCUUCUGUACUGAAAAUAAGAGAAGCUUGUUCAAUAAUAUCUUACAAAUUAUUGAAGGUCAUUGGGAUAGGCAAAUGGACACCCCACUCUAUGGUGCUGUCCUCUUUUUGAACCCAGGAAAAUUCUAUGCCAUCCAAAAAGAGAAUGAUGAAUAUGUUGGGCACCUAAGGGGUUUUUUCAAUGAUGUGCUUGCACGAAUGGUGGAAGAUGAGACCCUUCGAAACAAAAUUGAAGAACAAUCCAUGCUCUAUGAAGAUCAACGUGGUAGCAUCUUCAAGAAUUGUAUGGCCCUCCAAACUAUGAAGUCAAAGAACCCUCUUGAUUGGUGGCGUGCGUAUGGUGGCCGAUCUAUUGACUUACAAAGAUUUGCUAAGCGUAUUGUUAGUCUUUGUGCUUCAUCAUCUGGUUGUGAGCAUAAUUGGAGCACUUUUGAAUUUGUAAGUGAAGUACUCAAGUUUCACAUUUCAAUUAGCAAAAUUAAUAAUACAUUUUUGUUAACUUUGCUUGCUUUUAUGGUUGCUUGUAGAUUCAUACAAAGAAGAGAAACCGGCUAGAGCAUAAAAGAUUGAAUGAUUUGGUUUAUGUUGCCUACAAUCGAAAAAUGACUAGUAGGUUCUAAAAACGCCGUGAGGAAGCGGGUAAAAGCUAUGAUCCUUUGGUUAUGGAAGAUUUUGAUUGGGAAAAUGAAUGGGUUGACCCAACGGCCCAACCUUAAUGUUCUAGUUCUUUGGACAUCACAUGGGACCAAGUUGAUGAAGCAAUUGGUGCAUCACAUGAGCUUCGAGGUCGUAACCUUCCUAGGACCUACGCUCGUCGUGCAAGACAUAUAUCAAGAGUGGUUGAAGAAGCAAGAGUGGUUGAAGAUGAUGAGAAGGAGGGAGAGGAAGAAGACAUCAUUGUGGAUGAUGUUGAUGUUGAUGAUUUUGGUGAUAAACCAAUGGAUGCUACUGAAGAUGAUGCGAAGAACAUGGAUGCUUCAAACGAUUUCUAUGAGUUUGCAUUGGAUGACUUUUGAGAGAUGAGAGAUUUGAAACUUUGAAUGAUGAUUGAUGAGAGAGUGCUAUGUCUUUUGUGCUACAUUUACAUUGCUAUUUAUCUUUUGUGCUACAUUUACAUUGCUAUUUAUCUUUU